AACCGGAACACAUUCGUGACGUCACUAAUUACGACCGAUGAGUGUUGCUGGCCCUAGCCUGCUUUAGCUUGGCUAUUUUGUGCUUCUAAAGCUGUAUUAAGCAUGACAUGACAGUGCGCGGGAAUUAUGUUAUCCUGCAAUGCUCCAACAGAACUAAGGAAGCGGUGAUGGCAUAGAGGACAUACGCAGUGCCUAGUCUCCUCCAUCGGGGAGGAGAGGUCUCCUUAGAAAUGGCGACUGAACUUCACGAGACUAUAUUCAUGGCCAAACAGGAACGCCACAAGAACCUGUUCCUGAACUACAAAAACCUCAAUAUUUUCCCGGUAGAGCUGCUGAAAGAUGAAGGAUUGCAGUUUUUGGAAAGACUGUACAUGAAGAGAAACUCGCUCACUUCACUGCCUGACAAUCUUGCUCAGAAGCUCCCAAAUCUCAUUGAGCUCUACUUGCACUCAAACAACUUGGUCCUUAUUCCUGAAGCGAUCGGAAACCUGGCCAGGCUGCAGUCGUUGGACUUGAGCAAUAACGCCCUUCAGCUCCUCUGUCCAGAGAUCGGCCGCCUGAGGUCCCUCCGGCAUCUGCGACUCUCUAAUAACCAGCUUAAAUCUCUUCCUCCAGAGAUCGGCGACCUGCAGGAUUUGGAGACCCUUGAUGUGGCGAUGAACCAGCUGAUGUCUCUGCCAGACCGGCUCCACCGCUGCGUCUCCCUGCAGAACCUGACGCUGGACCACAACAUGCUGAGCCACGUUCCCCGCCAGCUCUGCUGGCUGCACCGCCUCAACCAGCUCUCCAUGGCCGCCAACCGGCUGAUCUUCCUUCCCCUCGAUCUGGGCAGGUCACGAGAGCUACAGUUUGUCUUUGUGGACAACAAUGUGGACCUUAAAGGCCUCCCGUCGUACUUGUAUAACAAAGUGAUCGGCUGCAGUGGGUGUGGCAUGUCCUCUCAGGUGCUGACGGGCGAUCUUGGGGAGGUGCUGGGCGAGGUGCUGACUGAGGCUCUGGAGGGGCUGCCAGCAGAGGUGAAGGUAAUCGGCUCGGGGGCGGAUAAUGUAGUUCCCCUGGAGGAGUUGGCUAUGAGGACUCUGCACCGCAUCUACCGCCACCACCCAGCAGAUCUCAGCUUGAUGCCCCCCAUCAGCCUCCCAAAGAGCCUGCUGGACCUGCUGCAGUUCCCUCUGGGUCACUGUCACCGAUGCAGCCAGGCCAUGUUCACCAUCGUCUACCCCAAACUCUUCCCCCUCCGCGACACCGCUCUGGCAGGAGUGCACCGCAGGACGACUGUGAGUUUUGUGGCCUAUUGCUGCUCCAGUCACUGCCUUCGGACCUUUGAUCUUCAGGGUUGACGCAGUUUCCGUCCGCCUCCACCCUCUUGGCCCCGUCAUCCAUCAGCAGGCAGUGAGUAGGGGGUCUUGUGCAGGGCACCUCAUCACAAUCUGGAAAAGCGCACACAGGCAGAUGUUUGUUGGACUGAUGACGCUGCUCCUGUGGACUCAAGCCGUCCGUGACGUCCUUAGUAACUACGAGUGAAGGAGUUCACCACUUACUACCAGUAUUAGACUUGAAGUCACUAGAAGUAACCUAACUCACAAGCGAGCACUUUGGAAGAGCAAACUCUCUUGAUUCUUGUGAAAUUUUGGAGUAAUUUUUUUUUUUUUUUUCAUACAAAGUCCUUGUUGCAUUGUGUUAAUUUUUGGAGUCAUGUAUGAUGUCUAAACAUAUUUAACAUGGUUGGUUUUUACUGAUUCCUAAAGAAUAUUUAAAUCCUUUCAUUUUAAGAGUGUCUGUGUGUUUUUAUAUGUGCCAGCAGGAGCAAGACGCUCCGAUAAGACAGGACAAUGAAUGCUAGAAUGUUAGAUUUUCGAAUACAGAGGAAUAUUCAUUGCGCAAUGUUGCAUCCAAAAUGAAGCUCUGUGAGCGCGUCUAAAUGUUUGCCAGCUUCUGUAGUUUUUGCAGGUAGCAGCAGAAGUUCUGAUGUCAGUGAUGCAUUGGGGUUUCAGUUUUUUUAAGUUUUGGAGCAAACUUUAAAAAAAGUUUAAAACGGCUCACUUAAAAAAAAUGUACAUGAUACCAAACGCUUUGUUUUUCAGCUAAAACAAUAACCACUUAUCUACAGACUCCCUCCACUCUUAUGUUGGUUUUCUGUCAUCUGAAGUAAAACCAGUGAAUCGUUUGGACUGUUUUGUAGAAAUGACGCUUGUAUGUUGUUCUAUGUCUUUCGAGUUGCAUUUGGGAGUAAACCUUGGCUGACAUCUGACAUUGAGUGAUUAAAAAAAAA